UUCGACGAAGAAGAGAAUGAAAAUGUUCUGCUCUUGGAGACCUUGAUCAGGCAGCAUCCUUCAUCUUCAGGCGUGUGUAUAAGCCACAAACUCGUUUAUUGGUCGAGUGACCGGUGCUGUUUGUGAGGAUGGACAGCGUGGACGGUGAGAACGAGGAAUGUCUGGUAAAACGCAACGCUCAUGAACUGGCGACGAGGAAAAGAGCCAUCGAGGCUCAACUUGAGGUGGACCGUCAAAACUUGCAGGCUCUGAAAGAGUCUCUGGGCAAGAGCAAUGCUCUCUCCGAGAACAUGAUGACGUGUCUUAACUCGUUUGAGAAUCGGCUGGGUCGCUUGCAAACAGCUGUUUUGCCUAUCUACGAGAACACAGUCACACUCUCAUCAAGAAACAAGAGAAUGUGCAAGGCGUUCUCAACAUCAUGGCUAGCAUUGUCAGUUUCUAUGACACCGGUGACACCGCCAAGGCUAUCAGAUCUGGAGUACAUCAGUUUGGUGACUUGGAAGGGUACAUGUCACAAGUUGAACAGAUGCUGGCUGCCAGGGAUUUCUUCAAGGCGGAGAAACCCGAUAGUCUCGAGCAUCAUAAUGCUGCGGACAUAGCAGGAGUUGGCGUGGAGAAGCUCACCGAGCUGUUCAAGAACCGCUGUCGUACUGUCAGCCAGCCAUACACGGAGGAAGAGAUGGCAAUGCUACGCGACACUUCACUACCCGAGACCAGAAUAGAUGAGAGAGCGGCGUCCCAGUUCCCGGAGGAUCUCCGUAGCUUGUUCACACGCAUCAGCGUAUGGCUGCUUGAUGUUGCUGGCGAUGAAAAUGGCAGUAUUGGUUAUGGCAAGAUACGUGGUAACAUUGUGGACAAGUCUCUGGCUUGCUAUCGCGCCCGUACAUCCUCAGCACCAGCCACAGCGGCACUGAAUGCUAAAGUCGCAAAGCUGAAGAGAAACGAGGAUAAGCGAAAGUCGUCUAAGAAAAGCUUCUUGAAAGUCUCACCAGGUGCAGCUAAGGAUCCCACCCGACAACUAGCCAAGUCGAGUACAACCGAAGAGGACACAGUAUCUCUCGACGGUCUGUCCGUUCCCAACUUGACUACACAAGAGUCCACGCGGAGACGCACUAUGUCCGUACUGCAUAUCGUACAGAAUAUGGACGACGUUGUGGCUUUCUACUGUCUCUUCUGCCAAACUUACGUUCAAGUGCUUCGGGUGGAGAAGAUGUUGAUUCGUGACUUGAUACCGGAGGCGCACCAGAAGAUUGCGUUUGAAAAGUUGCUCAUGUCCUCACUGGAUAUUAUUGUCAGUGAUGGAGAGAUGAUCACUAAUCAGGUGAGAUCGGAUUUGGCCGAGAACAACUUCAUCUCGCUGAUUCCGACAUUCCGCUGCUCUAAGCUCUUCUUUGACAUGAGUCCCCAGUUUGUAUCGCUGUUCAAGGGCCUAAAGAGUGAUCCUGCGACGCGCAUUGUCAACCUGAGGAAUUCCUUUCAGUCAACGCUGUACGAAGGAUUGGGUCAGCUGAUGGAACAUGUUAGCUCUAUCAACACGGAGAAGCAGAGCUCAGUCACUGCUAACCUGCCCAGUGAUGGUACUGUACACGAGUCUACCAGCAGUACGAUUCAAAUCCUUCUCCAAAUGGCUGAGUAUGAAGACCUUCUGGGCCGUGUCUUGGUCAAGUUUGAGCCUAAUCAGCAUAUGAACACAUCAUCUCCCAUAAAGUCCGCUUGCAGUGACUACUUCAAGCGUAUCUUGCGUGGUCUCAAUUUGAGUGUGGAACAGAAGGCACGCUGCUAUGAACAAGAGUCUCUUCGCGCUAUCUUCAAACUCAAUAACUACGCGUACAUGAGGAAACACUCCGCUCCGGCAACAAGUAUUUUCAAGAUAGUGACUGAGGUGUGGCCGGAAGUUCAGGAAGAGUACAGCAAUGUUAUCACACAGCAACUCAGCUGUUACAGGCAUGGGUUGAACAAGCUGAUAGCCCUAUUGAGUGACCUUUCACUGGUAGAGAAGCCUCAGUCUGACGCAUCCAAAAGUGCAAAGGCGGCCAUCAAGGACAAGUUCAAGGCUAUCAACACCGAGCUGGAAGACUUGCAACGUUCACAGCAACACUAUGCAGUACCGGAUGAGACGCUGAAAGCACAGAUCAUUGACUCUAACAUCUCCAUGGUCUUACCAAAGUAUGAAACCUUCAUUGACAGUCAUUCUGUUGUGAACACAUUCAAGACGCCGGAGAAGUAUCUCAAAUACAGCUCUAGCGAAUGCGAGCGUUUGCUGCGCUCCUUCUUCGACCAGUCUGCAUAACAUGCCCACAUGUCUGUUCCAGCCUGCGUAACAUGCCCAUACGUCUGUUCCAGUCUGCGUAACAUACCCACACGUCUGUUCCGGUCUGUGUAGCCUACCCACAUGUCUGUUCCAGCCUGCGUAACAUACCCACACUACCCACACGUCUGUUCGAAUAGCUAGUCUGCCUUGCACACAGACCUGCCUCUAACCAGUACAGUACGCUCUGACUGAUUUGGGUGCUCGGUUCGGGUAUACGGACGUAUGCCAAUGUGCAUUAUAUACACCUUGCCCUGUUGCUGUGUUGCUGUCAGCCUGCACAUUACCUCACCGCUGCUAAACUCUCCUGUGUGCCAUCCUUCAAGCAACGGUUAGGCUCGACAACACCACGCAUGCUCACGUUUGUACAUACGCCCACGCUGUCCCGCUCUAUUUAUUUCAGAUUUAAAUUCUAUUUAUUCGUGCUGCUCAACCAAUAUUCUACCCGUAUCCACAUUGCUGCACUUCAAUGAUAGUGUGUUCUUGUGACUUUUGUAUUUCAAUGAUAACUGUCCUGGCUGCCGACUGACUGUGUUAUUCCGACUAUUUUAUUCUUCCCAGUAUUGAAUCUUAUCCACGAUGAA